AAUCCUUCCACCACAUUCACCGCUACAACAACCCUCUAAACCCAACAAAAACAAACCAAAAAAGGAGGCGGUUCGAGAGGCCUCACGCCUUCCAAGUCGACGCUCGAAGUGUUGAACCUCGACUAUGUGCUCACAAAUUCCAACCUCCACGCCCUUCUCCACCUUCGGCAAGGUCGAGUGCAUCAUCAUCCUCAAGGACCGCAUCACGCGCCACAAUAGGGGCAUGCCCUUCAUCCAGUUUGUCUAAGUCGUCGACGCAAUCUCUACCGUGCGUAAGAUGCAUAGUAAGGUCCUCAACAAGCACACCAUCUCUGCCUCCAUCGCCACAGACAACGACCACGCCCCGAAGUUCAUCAAGAAGCACGUAUACAAGGACAAGUCCCGAUGCUACGAGUGCGGGGAGGAAGGGCAUAUGUCCUACGAGUGCCCCAAGAGCCUAGGGCCCCAGGACUAUCCGUGCCCAAAAGGUCUCAGGGCGGUGUGGCCCAAGAGAAAGGAGAUGGGUUUGGAUGAUAAAGGAUUGGGGUUCGACAAUGAAAAUUGGGCGUCAGUGGUGAACAGUGAUCAACGGUUGUUGACGAGGGGAGGCAACGGUGGGGAUACGCAAAAGAUGAAGAAGGCCAAGAAAGCGAGUUAUUUUUGUGACGAGAGUGGUGAUGAGGAUAAGAAUUUAGGAUUUUGGUUGUAUUUGAGUGGUGUUAAUGUAAGAUUUUUUAAGAUCAAUUUGGUCAAUGUAUGUACGUGUGUUUGAAUGCGAUAUCUUUUUUCUUUUUGGGUUCGA